UCCAAAAAUAGAGUUAUAAUACGACUAAAAUUGAGCUGAAACUUGCUCUACACGAAACCUUCUCUUCUUCUCCUUCUUCCAAAAAUGAUUUUUUCAUAGGGUUUCAAAAUUCAAAUCAUGGUGAAACUAGUAAGGGAAGAUAUUGAAGCCGCAUUGCUUCUUUCUUGGUUGAAGUACAUAGCAGUCACUGAAAAAGAUGUGGAAAAGAUGAAUAGCAACCCUGUUCUUACAAAGAAAGAGCCUGAAAUUGUGGAGAAAUCGAAGAGAAAGCUUCUAAGAAUCAACAAAAAUGAAAACCCAGAAACCCCAGAAUUUCAAAUUUCGAAAAGGAUGAAAAAUUCAUCAUAUGGGUUGAUGAAUUUAACCAAAAAUUCAUAUGGGUCUAGCAGCUUUAGCAAAAACCCAGAAACCCAUGAAGCUUCUGGUGCUGGAAAUUCCACUCCAGUUCCGAAAAGGGUUCGUGUUUCGCCUUUGAAUUUACCAAAAAAAUUAUCUGGGUCUAGCAGCUUUAGCAAAAACCCAUCAAAUCCAAAUCCAAAAAGGGUUCGUGUUUCGCCUUCUACAUUGAUGAAUUUACCAAAAAAUUCAUCUGGGUCAGUACCAAAACUUCCCCCAAUUGAGAAUUUAACAACCCUAAUUGGACAAUGUAGCAACCCAUUCAUGAAGCAAUUGACGAAAUCCGAUGUGGAUGAACAUCAAGGUAGGCUCUUACUGAACAAUGAAGAUGUAAGGAAACAACUUUUGCCAUUGUUGAAUGAAGAAUCUGAAGAUAUUGCUAAUGGUAUCAAAGUUAAAACUUUUGAUUCAACAGGUAAAUUUUACAACAUGAGAUUCAAAGCUUGGGGGAAUUACAAAAGUUAUGUGCUUUUAGGAAGCUGGAUACAGUUUAUUAAAGAACAUGGAUUAAAGAUAGAUGAUUAUGUUACUGUUUGGAUGUUUCGCCAUAAUCAAACUGGUGAGCUUUGUUUUGCUCUAACAUGAAUAAAGGAAGAAGAAGAAGGAGGAGGAGGAGGUUAAAUCUUGUUUAUCUUCUUGAGGUAAAUAGAUUAGUGAUUAGUGAUUGAUUAGAGUUGUUUAAUUUUUUAUUAUAAUCUGGAGGGGAAAUUCUAAUUUUUGUUUGCUUCUUUACUAAUAGAGAGGACAAGAUCAAUUUUUCCCUAUAGAAAAA